AGAAAAUCUUAAACUCACGCACCUGUUCAGCAUGCUUUAUAAACGAAAACUGUUCUCGAGUAUUGCAGUAACAUUUAAUUCGUCUGCCUAAGAGAAAAAUUCAUAAUGAAGGAAUUUUUCUGCUGUUCAGCGGUUUUGUUGCUGAUAUUUAUGGAUAUUUGCUCAGCGGCAGUAAUAAAAUCUGAAACUUCAAAGCCACUUGUGAUCUUCCAACACCGGAAGUCCAAUAAUGAUUCGAGGCCAGAAAUCCAACAAGGAAAUUGUCCCAAAUGUCCCAAACACGAGAGGCCGAUGGAUUGUGCAGAACUCAGGGAAAACGGCAUUACUGAGAGUGGAGUAUACACCAUCUAUCCGAGAAGCAGGCUGAGCGAUUGCAAGUCCAUAGAUGUUUAUUGUGACAUGACCACUGACGGAGGAGGAUGGAUAGUGAUUCAGAGAAGAGGUCAAUACGGCAAUGGUGAAGAUUACUUUGUGAAAAAAUGGAAAGAAUUCAAAGAGGGAUUUGGAAAUUUAAAAAAAGAAUUUUGGCUUGGAAACGACAAGAUCUAUUCCAUCACUAAUCAGGGCCGGUAUGCAGUGCGAUUCGAAAUGAAACACGUAAACGGAAAUUCUGCAUUUGCUCUAUAUGAAAACUUUUGGAUUGAAACCGAAGAUGCAAAUUACAAAUUACACCUCUCAGACUACAGUGGAACCGCUGGUAAUGCGAUUGGAAAUCACGAUGGAUGGCCAUUUUACACCAUAGACAAAGAAAACCGAGCUCGAGAGCACAGGAAUCCUCGUUCGGGAGGUUGGUGGUUGAACAACAGCCCAAGCAGCAGCUUGAAUGGACUGAACUUUUACAAAUCAGACAAAAUACAUACACAUCAAGGUAUCAACUGGAUGACUUACGGUGGAUUUGGAAACUCUUUCGAGUCUACUGAAAUCAAACUUCGACCGAAGAAAUUUCAUUAAAGUCACUGAUAUUUUCAAAAUUUAAAUGAAUUUGUAAAAACAGCAAUGCUAUUUAAAAUAUAUAAAAAUAUAGAAUGA